ACUUCACUCGUGCUCGCUGUCUAGUCACCCUGCCCCCCUUGGUUCUGCUGCUGUCCGCCCGCCACCCCAUCCAAGGCUGCUCGCUUUGCGUCCCCAAUGCGCAUCUAGUGUACGCCGGCCAUCUUUCGCAAUAGCGAUGUCCUCCGCCGAGACAAACGCGGCCCUCGCAGACUUUCUGUCGAAUCUCGCGAAGCAGCACGACCCAGCUCUGGACGCCUCGUUCAGCGGCCAAAUCGCUGCAAAUGGCGCCAAAGCAAACGCCAUCAUCCUUCCUGGGUCUGACUCCCCAGACAAGGCCAGCCUCGAGCGAGAGCUGGCCGCGCUUGCUGCCCGCAUACAGUAUCUCGAAUCCAAGGCGAACGUCGUCGACAACCGCACGCUCCCGAUAACUCCUGGUGAGCCGGGCGUCAGCUCCCCGUUCAUGUAUAGCCCCGCCGCCGUCUCCAUAUCGCGCAACGGCAGCGCACCCGGGAGGCGAGGCUCGCACAAGGAGCAGAGGGCAACGUGGGUCAACAACUGGUUGGCCGCAAAGGAAUCCAACAAUGGAGAGGCCCAGCAGCCCACGGCCGCGCUCACUGAGGAGCAGCUGAACUACUUGCGCGACCAUCUCAACAAGCAGGCUGAUCAGAUCAAGAAUCAACGCGAACACAUCGACAAUCUCAGUGCCGAAGUGAACAAACAAUUGCGGAAUCAGGACAUCGCCUUUGGACAUGGCAUUGAGGACAUUGGGGCUCUCAAACGAGAGCUGGGCAAGCACCAGCAGGCCAACCUCGCUUUCCAGAAGGCGCUGCGUGAGAUUGGGAACAUUGUGACAGCCGUCGCCAUGGGUGAUCUCAGCAAAAAGGUUCUUAUUCAUGCCAAGGAGAUGGAUCCUGAAAUCACAACGUUCAAGCGGACCAUCAACAAGAUGGUUGACCAGUUACAGGAAUUUGCCAGUCAAGUCACAUUUCUAGCUAAAGAAGUUGGCACUGAGGGCAGACUUGGUGGUCAGGCCAAUCUCCCUGGUGUCGACGGCAUUUGGGCCGAAUUGACGGACAGCGUUAAUGUCAUGGCGAAGAACCUCACAGAGCAAGUGCGAGAAAUCGCAACUGUAACUACAGCAGUAGCUCACGGUGACUUGAGCAGGAAGAUUGAACGACCUGCUCGAGGUGAGAUCUUGCAAUUGCAGCAGACUAUAAAUACUAUGGUAGAGCAACUACGGUCGUUUGCUACUGAAGUCACAAAAGUAGCCAGGGACGUCGGUACUGAAGGGAAACUGGGUGGCCAGGCUGAGAUCGCAGGAGUCAAGGGCAUGUGGAACGAACUUACAGUCAACGUCAACGCCAUGGCACAAAACCUUACUACGCAGGUCAGAGACAUCGCUCAGGUGACUACAGCUGUAGCACAAGGAAACCUCACGCGGAAAGUCGAGGCCGAAUGCAAGGGCGAAAUUCUCGAACUUAAGAAUACGAUCAACUUGAUGGUGGACCAACUUCAACAAUUCGCACACGAAGUCACAAAGAUCGCUAGGGAGGUUGGAUCCGAGGGUCGUCUUGGCGGGCAAGCUACAGUGCACGGCGUGGAAGGCACGUGGAAAGACUUGACCGAGAACGUGAACGGCAUGGCCAUGAACCUUACAACACAAGUGCGUGAGAUCGCCGAGGUCACAACCGCAGUCGCCAGAGGAGAUCUUAGCCGGAAAGUCAAAGCCGAAGUCCAGGGGGAGAUCCUGUCCCUCAAAAUUACUAUUAACACUAUGGUGGACCGUUUGAAUACAUUUGCACAAGAAGUUAGCAAGGUAGCUCGCGAGGUCGGCACUGAUGGUAUCCUUGGCGGCCAGGCGCAAGUGGAUAACGUGGAGGGCAAAUGGAAAGAUUUAACUGACAACGUCAACACGAUGGCCCAGAAUCUCACGCUCCAAGUGCGAAGUAUCUCGGAAGUCACGCAAGCCAUCGCCAAGGGCGAUAUGAGCCGUAGAGUACACGUCGAUGCCGAAGGAGAAAUCCGGCUCCUCAAAGACACUAUUAACGACAUGGUUACCCGUUUGGACGAUUGGUCACUAGCUGUGAAGCGCGUUGCUCGCGAUGUGGGCGUGGACGGAAAGAUGGGAGGCCAGGCUGACGUUCAAGACAUUGAUGGUCGCUGGAAGGAGAUAACUACCGACGUUAACACCAUGGCUCAAAAUUUAACCUCUCAAGUACGAGCAUUUGGAGACAUCACCAAUGCAGCCAUGGAAGGCAAGUUCACCCAAAUCACGGUUGAAGCCUCUGGCGAGAUGGACGAGUUGAAGAGGAAGAUUAAUCAAAUGGUUUCAAGUCUUAGAGAGAGUAUCCAGAGGAACACGGCAGCGAGAGAGUCUGCCGAGUUGGCAAACAAGACGAAAUCCGAGUUUUUGGCAAACAUGUCUCAUGAGAUUCGGACACCCAUGAACGGGAUUAUCGGAAUGACCCAGCUCACCUUGGACACGGAUCUUACCCACGCGCAGCGAGAAAUGCUGACUAUCGUUCACAACCUAGCUGGGCAGCUUUUGACCAUUAUCGAUGACAUUCUCGAUAUCAGCAAGAUUGAAGCCAACCGCAUGGUCAUGGAAGAAAUCCCUUUCUCGCUCCGCGGAACUAUCUUCAAUGCGCUCAAGUCGCUAGCAUUGAGAGCUAAUGAGCGAAAGUUGACGCUAGCAUAUGAUGUCGACUGCUCUAUUCCAGACUAUGUUGUUGGGGAUUCCUUCAGAUUGCGACAGAUUAUCCUAAAUCUCGUCGGGAAUGCGAUCAAAUUCACAGAGGUCGGAGAAGUCAAGGUUGCAAUAUCGAUGGCCCGAGACCAGAAUUGCGGACCCGACCAAUAUGUCUACCAAUUCGCUGUAUCUGAUACUGGCAUCGGUAUCCAUGGUGAUAAGCUCAACCUCAUCUUUGAUACAUUUCAGCAAGCCGAUGGGUCCACAACGAGAAAAUUCGGUGGCACAGGUCUGGGAUUAUCAAUCUCGAAACGCUUAGUCACUCUGAUGGGUGGACAGAUGUGGGUAACGUCCGAUUACGGAAAGGGCAGCAUAUUCUACUUCACCUGCAGAGUGCGUCUCGGGAACCCAGAUCUGACCGCUAUUCAACCCCAACUGGCGCCUUACAGCAGACAUACCGUUCUAUUUGUUGACCAGGGUCAUACUGGAUGCGGAGAGCAAGUAGUCGACCAUCUGAAGGCCCUUGAUCUGGCGCCCAUUGUGGUUAAUUCCAUCGACAAAGUAGCUGUCUCGGGUGACCGGACAGCAACUACAAUGCCCUUCGACUGUGUCAUCGUGGAUAACGAUAAGACAGCCAGGGAGCUCCGAAUCGCAGAGCGGUUUAAGUACAUCCCACUUGUCAUGCUCACCCCGCGGGUGUGUAUCAGUCUAAAGUCCGCCCUUGAGGACGGUAUUUCGAGCUAUAUGACUACACCUUGCCUGCCGAUUGACUUGGGCAAUGCUUUGAUCCCUGCUCUAGACGGUCGCGCUGCACCAUUGGUGAAUGACCACUCUAGAUCCUUCAAUAUCCUCCUCGCAGAAGACAAUGCAGUCAACCAGAAGCUCGCGGUCAAAAUUUUACAGAAGUACAAUCACACCGUCACCGUGGCAAACAACGGUCUGGAAGCUUUCGAGCACAUCAAGAACAAGCGGUAUGAUGUCGUUCUUAUGGACGUUCAAAUGCCUGUUAUGGGAGGAUUCGAAGCUACAGCAAAGAUUCGCGAAUGGGAGCGCGAGAGUGGUCAGCCUUCAACACCAGUGAUCGCAUUGACCGCGCACGCUAUGGUCGGCGACCGAGAGAAGUGUCUUGCGGCUCAAAUGGAUGAUUACCUAUCGAAACCUCUCAGGCAAAAUCAACUUAUUCAAACUAUUUUGCGCUGCGCUACUUUAGGCGGUAUUCUUUCAGACCACGCAAACGAGCAACGGCAUUCGAUAGAACAUAUACAGACACCGGAUAUCCAGCUAUCUCCAGACAGUCCCACGUUAACCCCUAAGAGUAUGUCCAAAUACCCUUCGCAGAGACCGCAGCUGGAAGCGAGAGGCUUCACCGAACGAGGCACCACGGCAGAGAGCCCUUCGCUUCUAGCGGCCGACCAAUCCGAUCCAGUGGAGAGACUUUUGCUUCGUUCGCACAGUAGUUGAAGAACA